AUGGACAGAGCCUCAAAGAUGGUGGAAGAAGAAGAAGAACUACAACUGCAAGAGCAAGAAGCUCCAAUUUAUGGCGACAUACUAGAGUCCAUUCUGUCACACGUGCCACUCAUCGAUCUCGUUCCCGUCUCGCGCGUGUCCAUAUCAUGGAAUCGUGCAGUUUUUCCGUCUCUCAUCUUUAACCCACUUAAACCGUGGCUCGUGGUUCACACUCAGAGCACUCGCUCACCAUACAAAACGACGACGCAUGCCUAUGACCCUCGCUCACACGUGUGGAUGGAGGUAUCACAGCCGUCCAUCAAGUACGUCUCAGCCCUCCGAUCGUCCCACUCGAAUUUCCUCUACAUGUUGUCCCCUUCGAAACUUGCGUUCUCGUUUGAUCCAUUGAAUCUGACGUGGCAUCAUGUGGGACCUCCACUCGUGUGGCGUACGGACCCGAUCGUGGCUAUCGUUGGCGACAAAAUCAUCGUCGCCGGUGGCACGUGCGACUUCGAGGACGAUCCACUCGCCGUCGAAAUCUACGACGUCGUCGCGAACAGCUGGGACACGUGCGAGUCCAUGCCGUUUGUUCUCAGAGACUCGGCAGCCUCGACGUGGCUCUCAGUCGCCGCCGAUAAUCAGAGACUCUUCGUCACCGAGAAAUAUUCUGGUACGACGCACGUGUUUAAUCCGAAUUCCAAGACUUGGUAUGGACCCUACGAUCUACGUCCUGAUCACCUCAUUUCAUACUCGAUCAUCGGAUUUUCUGCCGGCCAUCUGAUUCUGAUUGGACUGAUCGGAGACGUUGAGAGGGUAGAGAGAGUGAAAGUUUGGGAAGUGAACAGUGACAAUUUUGGGUGCGAGGAAAUUACAGAAAUGCCAUCACCGCUGGUUGAGAAGCUGAAGAGAGAGAAUUUUCAUGUCUCGUCGAUAAACGUUUGUAUGGCGGGGAAUUUCUUGUAUAUCUAUAAUGCUUCGGAGGUUGAGGAGGUAUUUGUGUGCGAAUUUGAGGAGAGAGAGAGCGGGUGUAGGUGGGGAUGUGUAGGGAAUGUGGUGGGGAAUGAGAGGAAUUGUAUGGAGAGGAUGGUGUUUACGUGUUCGGAGGUUGGGAUCGACGAUUUGCAGAGGGCGAUGAGGUCAGAGAAUCGGAGGUUUGUUGUAAAGGGGAAGAGAGAUUGA